UGCUGUUAGCUUCUGGAAAAGUCGCCGGUGUACUUGUACUCAACGCUGUUCGUUCGUUUUCGCAGAGACCAGGUAAUUUGCGAGCAUCCGAGUGUCUUUUUCUACCUUUCUUUGUCGUGAGAAUGUCUUCUGAAGAGACGCUUAGUGACGGCCAAGUGAGGGGAAGGGCUGAAGAGGUAGUGGAUAGGGAUUUGGGGGUGCCGUCAAACAUUUUGGAGAGAGAGGAUGGAAGGGAGCCGUGUUUUAACCCUGAGAAGGAAGUUGUUAGUGAGGUGGCAGGGUAUGCAACAACUUUGGAGGAUAGGGGUAGUUUGGCCCACUUGGUUGAGAACUAUGGGGUGCCCAGGCGUGUGUUGGUAAGGCCGGCGGGGAGUAGAGAGAGGGCGUGUUCGGCCCCGGGGGACCACUGGAUGCCUCUCUACUCCCAUUACCUGGUGGCUGGGUUGCGGUUUCCUCUCCCAGACCUACUGGUGUGGCUGCUGGUAGAGUACGGUCUGGGAUUGAUGCAACUCACCCCAAAUGCUGUGAGGUUGGUGGUGGCGUUUGCAGUAUAUGGCCGAAGUCGGGGGGUGAGUUUUCCUACUGCUAACGUAUUCAAGUACUUUUACGUCUUAAACGCUGGUAGUGGUAGGGAGAAGGGGUGGUACUAUUUUACGGGCCGGGUAGCGAAUAAGCAAAGGAGGGGUUUGUUUAGCGCCGGGCCGUCUUCCAUUAAGGGGUGGAAAGAUAAGUUCUUUUUUGUGGAUGAUACGGAGUGGGAUAAGACUGAUGCUGAGAGGAUGUGGAGGAGUUGGAAAGGGGGGGUGGGUUUGCUGGACGUAAUGGAAUAUACGAGCCAGAGGAUGUUAGACGCGGCUGAGAUAUAUGGGCCGAGCUCAGAGAGAGGAGAAGAAAUGAACAAGUUUUUGGACGCAGCUGGUGGAGCUGGAAUUCCAAAGAAGGGAAGAGGGAAGAGAGGCGAGAUCAGGAGGCGGGGGGAGGAGAUUUCAGUGCCUCAAGCCGAAGUGGGAAACUUGGCCAUUUCUCAGCCUAGCCACGUUGGGGGUGAAGUGACGGUUGUUGAGGAGGGGCCCAUUGUGGCAAAGAGGAGGAGGCUAGAGAGGCUAGAGGCCAUGGAGGAGAUAGAGGAGGUACGAGAGCCCGUGACCUCAACCCUCCGUCUGGAAGGGACCUCAUCCGCCUCAGCUGCUGAGUUCGCUGCUGCGCUCCGGGAGCAAGGGUACAUCCGAGCGCAGACAACCAGCUUUUAUGACUCCGGGAUGAGGAGUACAGCAAAGAGGUUCAUCAACACCUACUUCCCGGAGGUGGAUCGCCAGCGUGUGAAGGACGAGGUGGCUGCCAGGGGUGGUUCCAUUGUGCAAGCUAUUAAUCUCGUGAAUGCCUUGGCCAACGAGCAUCACGAGAGUUUGAAAGAGAGAAACCAGAUUAGGAAAGAUAAUGCCGAGCUCGUCAAGAAGAACGACGAGGCCGAGGCCGAGGUGGCAAGACUGAAAGCGAAGAUGGAGGAACUCCGGAAAGAAAAUGCUACAUUCAAAAAGGACUCAGAGAUCUCGUACCAGAAGAGGAAGAUAUGCGAGGCUGAGCUCGAGAAGAGGGAGAAGGAGUUGGAGGAUGCAGGGAGGACAGUGGCUGAGUUGAAGCUCAAAGUUCACAACUCAGUCGAAGGGCAUGUGGAGGGGUUCCUGAGGUCCAGCACCUUCGAGGACAUUGUCAAUCUCUACCGUCUUCCCACUGCCAUCGUGGCCUUCUCUGACUGCCGGAAGAAGGGGAGGUGGAAGAGGACGGAGAGAGCAGUACCGCUGACUUUCCACCCAGAGAUAACGCUGAAGUGGGAGAGGGAUAGCAGAGGUCAAACCGUCUUACCUCCCAAGUUCAGCUUUGAAUUCGUGGCAGUGGAGGAAGAGGUAACCGAAGGUGGCGAAGGUGCUGAAAAGUCAGCUGAAGGCGUUGACCAGCCAAGUCAGUCUGCUGAGAACCCCGAAGAGCCUGCGGCUAACCCGGAUCAAACUGCUGGCUAAAUUUGACCUCGGUUUUUUUUUUUGAGAUAUUCUUUGUAAUUGAUUGGAAAUUAAUGGAAUGAAUUUAAUUCUUUUUU